AUGGCGACAGUUUCAAGGGUUUUCGGAGCUUGCAGGGUAUUGAUGACGAAGGCUGCUUCUUCCCCCGGCGCUAGCAGCGGUAGAGAAGGCAAAGGCAUACUCAAGGUGCUCCCCGUUUCGCAGCCGCUCGCUAAGUUCAUUGGCGCUAACGAAGUCGCUCGUACAACCGCCGUGAAGAAAGUGUGGGAACACAUCAAGCUUCACAACCUCCAGAAUCCGGAAAACAAGAAGCAGAUACUAUGCGAUGCGAAACUGAAGACAAUAUUCAAUGGACAAGACACGGUUGGGUUCCUGGAGAUUGCAAAACUUCUGUCUCAGCAUUUUCCCAAGUCUGCUUGA